AUGGGUUGCACAUCAUCCAAAGAGUCCGCUCCCCGCAAAUCCAAGCGUGUCAAGCUUUAUGGCAGCGACACCCAACUUCCCGAUCAGCGCUACCUUUCAGAUCCGCUACCAAACCACGUGGUAUCCGAGAACUCGAGCAUUCAUGACACGCGCGGUUCAGGAGAAGCAGCUAGGCCGAAAGAGACCUUUGAGGCGUACGUCCAACGUGGUGUCAUCAGACAAUCUGCGCUUGCUUUCGAGGGGGCUGAGUCGAAACGGGCUAAGCAUCUUUCGCAGAAGAAGAGGGUCGGAGGAUACGAGAAGUAUACCCAGGAGUGA